GCUUAACUAUCCAAACCCAAAGCUUCUUCUUCCCCUUCUCCUCUUGGUUCUGGAAGCCUUUGCACUCUGCACAUCUCUUCUUUCUCAUUUCACUGUUCUUUUUGGGCUUUUCUCCAUUUUUCAGUGCUGGUCCUUUCAGUCAGCUUCUUCGUCCCCUCCUUUUCGCUUCUUCGUUCUGGAAUUUUCCCCCACCUGCUCUCUGCACCUCUUCUUUCUCUUUUCAGUGUUGUUUUUUUUUUAAUUUUUCAGUUUGGGUUUGCAAUUUCUUCUUCCUGGUUCCUGCAUAAUCUCUUCAUUUGUGAUAAAAUUGUGUCUUUUUGAAUUAAGGGGAAAGUUAUACAAUAUCCCAUAACCUUGUUAGUGUCAAGUCGUGUCGACUGCGGCGCCGAAAAUGGCGAGUCCGAGCAAUACUGACUCUGAAAGUACGCUCGCAGGGUCUGAAGGAAGAAGUCAGGGGCAACCGUUGCCCUCAAUUCCUGGGUUUGUUUCAGGAAUUUCUCAUCAGGGAAAUGAUUAUUCUGCUCCAGUGCCCUCAACUGAUGGCGAUGCUCUUUUGAACAAUGUGAAGGAGACUGAUUUUUCAGCAGCAGUGCCUUCCGAUGAAGAUGAUGAGUUUGAGAAAUGGCAGAGAGAGGUUGGAGAGGCAGAGCGAUUGAAAAAUGGGUCUGUUUCUAGCAGUAUUGGUGAUGGGUUCGGGGUUGAUUAUCAGGAUAGGCCUCUAACACCACCAGAAGGUGAAGAAGAAUUCACUGAUGAUGACGGGACUAGGUACAAGUGGGAUAGAAGUCUGCGAGUAUGGGUUCCUCAGGAUAACUCAUCAAGCAAAAAUGAGAACUAUGGAGUAGAAGAGAUGACAUUCUUGCAAGAAGAGGAAGUUUUUCCAACUGUAAGUGCUGCUGUUGCUGCUGAUGUUACUGAUGCUGCUGAUGCCUUUGUUAGAGAAGAAGUUAAUGGCAGUGGGGAGCAAACUGAAGCAGGUUCUAAUGCCAAGAGAAAAUUGUCAGAAAAGAAAGUUGAGAAGAAGGAAGCCAAUAAACCUCCUGAGUCUUGGUUUGAAUUGAAAGUCAAUACAAAUGUCUAUGUGACUGGAUUGCCUGAUGAUGUAACUGCAGAAGAAUUGGUUGAGGUGUUUUCCAAGUGCGGGAUAAUCAAAGAGGACCCUGAAACAAAAAAACCUCGUGUGAAGAUCUAUGUUGACAAGGAGACAGGAAGGAAAAAGGGGGAUGCACUUGUCACGUAUUUGAAGGAGCCUUCUGUUGCUUUGGCUAUUCAAAUUUUGGAUGGGACACCUUUUCGUCUUGGUGGCAAGAUCCCUAUGUCAGUCACCCAAGCUAAAUUUGAGCAGAAAGGGGAGAAAUUUAUAGCCAAACAAGUGGACAACAGGAAAAAAAAGAAAUUGAAAAAAGUUGAGGAUAAGAUACUCGGCUGGGGUGGGUUCUCAUCUUGCAGUAGUGCUGUAUUGGAAAUGAUAAUUUUGAAAUGGAAGAAAUUUAGGAUGCUGAUGAAGUUAUCUAUUCUUACAUGGUUUGUUCGCUUGUUUUCUUAUUUGUUAUUAAUAUCUUGAUUGCAUUGCACCCAAUGGUUAGAACUUGAAACUCCAUCUUAGAGAUAUUAAUUUUAAACCUUUGGGGGGCGGGGGGGAUUGUGAGAUGGCUCAGGACCCAAUAGGUCUCCAUUCGUACCCAAAAGAAAAAAAAUAUAUAUUUGGGAGUAUUGAUAUAGGUUUUCUGUAAUGAGUCUUGUUUGAAAUUUUCUUUAUUUACAAACAUUUUAUGUUUUCCUUUUCUUGUUGCAUUUAAUGUUAUAAAAAAUAGACCCACUCUGCAUUGUAGUCAAUUCCAUUCUGCUAGUAUGACUCGGCAAUCUUGGUAAAGAAAUAAGCUCAAAUCAUGAGAUUGAAUGCUUUCGCAUUAUGAGCAAUGCUAACUUUUGUGUUGACUUUGAGUGGCUUUUUAGUGUUGGUACCAUGAAACUAAUUUCUUGAAAUAGUUUCACUUGUCAGCUUUCUCUUGUGCAACACUUGCAUCCCCAAUGUGCAUUUUUUGUAUCUG